AUGGCUGCAUUUGCACCAAAAACCAUUCUAUUCUGCACAUUUUUGCUUCUUUUACGUACUCUUCCACAAUCAAGAGCAGCACUCGAUACUCACUAUUAUGAUAAAACAUGUCCACAAGCCGAGAAAAUCAUAUUUCAGACGGUAUACAAUGCUUCCAUGCAUGACCCUAAAGUCCCAGCUCGCAUCUUAAGGAUGUUCUUCCAUGAUUGCUUUAUAAGGGGUUGUGAUGCGUCCUUGCUGCUCGACUCAACCCCAGGGAACCAAGCAGAGAAAGAUGGCCCUCCCAACAUUUCAGUCCGAUCAUUCUACGUGAUCGACGAGGCCAAAGCUAAGCUAGAAGCCGCAUGUCCACAUAUCGUUUCUUGUGCCGAUAUCAUAGGCAUUGCUGCAAGAGAUGUAGUAACCAUGUCUCGAGGGCCAUAUUGGACUGUGCUAAAAGGAAGAAAAGAUGGAAGGGUGUCGAGGGCAAACGAGACCAUCAACCUACCAGCUCCAACCUUCAACGUAAGCCAACUCAUUCAAAGCUUUGCCAAGAGAGGUUUAGGAGUCAAGGAAUUGGUAGCUCUAUCCGGUGGCCAUACUCUAGGGUUUUCGCAUUGUUCUUCCUUCGAAGCUCGUCUUCGCAAUUUUAGUCCGGUCCAUGAUGUUGACCCGACUAUGGACAGUGAGUUUGCUCUAAAGCUAAGAAAACAAUGCCCUAAACCAAACAGGGAUCACAGCGCUGGGGAGUUGUUGGACUCGACGUCCUCGAUCUUCGAUAAUGAUUAUUACAAGCAAUUGAUAGGAGGAAAGGGAGUGUUUGGAUCGGACCAAGCAUUGUUUCGUGAUUUCAGGACUAAAUGGAUUGUGGAAUCGUUUGCCAAAGAUCAAAGUUUGUUCUUUAAAGAGUUUGCUGCUUCUAUGGUGAAGCUAGGCAAUGUUGGGGUGAUAGAGAAUGGAGAAGUGAGAGUGAAUUGCAGAGUGGUAAACUGA